AUGGGUUCUUGUGAAAAAGAUCAAUUCGUCAUGAAAUUUGAUGGGCCAAUCAUAGUGGGUGCUGGGCCUUCUGGUAUAGCUGUGGCAGCUUGCCUUCAAGAAAAUGGUGUCGCUUCUCUUGUUCUUGAGAGAAGUGAUUGCAUUGCAUCUUUAUGGCAACACAAAACGUAUGAUCGUUUAAAGCUUCAUCUCCCCAAACAAUUCUGUGAGCUUCCAUUGUUUGGGUACCCAAAGAAUUUCCCAAAAUAUCCCACAAAAAACCAGUUUGUUUCUUACAUGGAGGCUUAUGCAGAGCACUUUGAAAUCAAGCCAAGAUUCAACCAGGCGGUGGCUAGUGCUGAGUUUGACUUUGAAAGUGGGGUUUGGAGGGUGAAUACACAAGAUUCCGUUUAUGAAUCACGGUGGUUGGUGGUGGCUACCGGCGAGAAUGCGGAGGCAGUUGUGCCGGAGAUUCAGGGGAUUGAGAAGUUUGAGGGGGUUGUUAGGCAUACAAGUGAGUACAAAAGCGGAUGCGAGUUUAGAGAGCAAAGAGUUUUGGUUGUUGGAUGUGGGAAUUCUGGCAUGGAGGUCAGUUUGGACCUCUGCCGUUACAAUGCAAGUCCUUUUAUGGUUGUUAGAAACUCUGUUCAUGUUCUGCCUAGAGAGAUGUUUGGAUUCACAACAUUUGGAAUAGCUAUGGCACUUCUCAAAUGGCUACCUCUUAGGGUGGUGGACAAAUUAAUCUUGUUUAUGGCCAAUUUAACUCUAGGAAGCACCGACAAAUUAGGCCUCCGGCGGCCAAAAACGGGCCCCCUUGAGCUCAAAAACGCCACCGGAAAGACCCCGGUUCUUGACACCGGAGCCUUAUCUCUAAUAAAAUCCGGUAACAUCAAGGUGGUGGAACAAGGAGUGAGGGAAAUCACCAAAAGUGGAGCCAAAUUCAUGGAUGGUCAAGAGAUUGCAUUUGAUUCUAUAGUAUUGGCAACAGGGUAUAAGAGCAAUGUGCCAUUUUGGCUCAAGGGAAGUGAUUUCUUUACGGAGGAUGGAAUGCCGAAAACUCCCUUUCCAAAUGGUUGGAAAGGGGGAAACGGGUUAUAUACGGUUGGGUUCACUCGAAGAGGUCUUCUAGGGACGACAUGUGACGCACUAAACAUCGCAAAGGACGUUACUGAUCAAUGGCGGUCCAUGAUGUGCAAUUCUAAGCACGAGUUUAGGUCAAAGUAG